GAUAGAUUUAAUAUUUAUCUUGCGCCUGAAUAUGUGCUACAUGCGUAUUCCGGAGCCUCCCAAAAGCAUGCCUCAGUUCCUGCCACUGUCAACUUUGUCGAAAGUUGUCUUAAAUUGACUUCUGCAGAAUUCUGAAGCAAAGCUUUCUUUACACUUUCUGUGGCCACUCGACUCUCCCAAUCUCUCGCUCGCUCUCUCUCUCUCUGCCUCUAGUUGUUGACCAAGUUCACAGCCAGAGGUUCAAUGUCUGCUGCCUGCGCAUGCAGAGCCUCAGUUCAGUUGUUGCACUUGCCGCGUCGAGUUCUGUGUUGCGCACGAAAAUAUCUAGGAAAAAGGAAAAGCAAAAUUCUUGUGUGAGAGUCGCUUUUGCUGAGCAAGUUAAUAAAAGACUAUUAACGUAGGCCACUUCGAACAUGGAUUAUCGUUUACUUGUGAAAAUACUCAGCUUUUUGCUGCUCGCCCAACUGUCGAGGGGGCAGCUGCCGCAGUCGCCGUCCCAGGCGUCGCCAGCAGAUUACGGCGAGGAGCCGCCGGAGGGCUACUAUGCGUUCGUGGAGUCGCCGAAUGCGGUGCCGCCACGCGUGCGUCCACCUCCAUAUACGUUCAUUAAUGCGGACUGCAAGGAUGUGGCCACAGGCAGGAAGUCGGCGGUGUCUGUGCACAACAUUUGCGGCGAUUUGAAUAAGGGUCAAAUACCCAGGAAUCCGCUUGGGCAGAAUGUCCUGGGCGAGCCGUAUCCCUUCGAACUGAUACGCAAUCAGACCUUAAAGUUUCUAUCGAAGACGCUGCCCGUGCUGAAGGCGGACGAUACGCUGCCCAAGGUAACGCAAAUUAUACGCGACGAGCCGGUCGAUCAGCUGGACAACAACAAUAUCGAUCGGCAUUAUGCUGCACGCGUCACACGCAGCCUUCCGGAUGGCGUUGAGUCCAAUGAGUACAGCUACUUUGAUCCCGCCCUGGAUGAAGAGCAGCAGCAGGAGAAUAAGCAGCAGCAGCAGCGACGCGCCGCCGAGGAGCGCAAGCCACGCAAAUUCUGCGAUGGCGGUGGCGUAUUUUGCACGCUGUACCGCGCCAUUCAGGGCGACACCAGUCCUGCUGUGUCCGCUGCCCAGACAGCGGAGCGUCGCGAGGAGGUGGGACCCAUACGCUAUGAGGGACCGCCGACGCCCUGUCCGGCCAAGGUGGAGUAUGCCACGCCCGUGUUUGCCAAAAACUAUCAGGGCGCCUGGCGUUAUGUGGUGCAGAUACCCUACGAGGGCUAUUUCACGCAGACCGUGGAGGUGACGCGCUGCAUCCAGGCGCGUUGCCAUUACCUGGACGGCGGCUGUCUAUCGUCGCCGCGCUGGGUUAGCCUGCUGGUCGCGGAAAUUUUCUAUCCGAAUGCCGAGGACACGGUGCCCAGCAGCAGCACGACCACGCCGGCGCCUUCGGUGCAGGACUUCCAGGCCUAUCAACAGUAUCUGCAGAAGCGCGCAGGCGUGGCCAACGCCUCCGAUGGCAGCACGGCUGCACAAACGGCGGGCGCUGCGAAUGCGCCACAAGAUGCGCACUGCGACGGACACGAUGAGCUGGGCUGCUUCCAGGUGCGGCUCUACUACGAUUGGUUCUUGAUACCCGGCUCCUGCAAGUGCUGGCGUCCCGACUACUUUGCCAAAUAUGUGCGCCGAAAGUCCGUCGCCGAUUUGUAGGCUCCUAGUUAAACGUAACUCUUAGCAUAUAUAGA